UUAUUUUUUUUCCCGAAAAGCCCCUCCUUUUCUUCUUCCGAGAAAGCCCUUUUCCAAUCUCUCUCUAUCGCUCGCUCAUUUCCAGACAAUACUCUUCGAAUUCUCUCUCCUUCUCGAGAAAAUACAUUCCCCUCCGAGGAAAUGUUCGUUAGAGGAAUUUCUUCGAGCAAGCAGAAGGCAGGAUCUGUCCCAGUCUAUCUCAACGUCUACGAUCUCACGCCGAUCAACGGCUACGCUUACUGGAUCGGCCUCGGCAUCUAUCAUUCUGGCGUCCAAGUUCAUGGAGUGGAAUAUGCAUUUGGUGCACAUGAGUUUCCGACUACGGGGAUCUUCGAAGGUGAGCCGCAACAAUGCUCUGGAUUCACAUUCCGGAAAUCCAUCUUGAUUGGACGGACGGAUCUUGGCCCAAGAGAGGUGAGGUCUUUGAUGGAGAAGCUAGCAGAAGUGUACACAGGCAACACAUACCAUCUCAUCACCAAGAACUGCAACCAUUUCUGCAAUGAUGCUUGCAUGCGUAUGACUGGAAAGCGGAUCCCGAAUUGGGUGAAUCGCCUUGCGAAACUUGGUUUGCUUUGUAGAUGCGUACUUCCGAUGGAUCUUCAUGUCACUGCAGUGAGACAUAGAUCAGAAGAAAGAAUUUGUGAGGGAGAGCAGAAGAAGCUUCGGAGCAGUUCCAGUCGUUUCUCUUCUUCUUCUUCUUCUUCAAUUAGAAAUAAAUGGCGACGUUCUUCCUCACUGCGACAAUGCUGAGCAUUUGCAUAGAAGCUAUGCUUUUUUCAUACUCAAAAAAUGAAGAAGAAGAAGAAGAAAGUACAGUCAUUUACUUUUUUUUUUCCUUUUAAUGCUAACUGCUGCUGGAAAAGAAAUGUUGCAGCAUUUUUUUUUUCUCCUUGUAAAUUUUACCAAGUUUUUUCGAGUGCAUUGGACGAUCAAUCUUGUAAUGGGCCACUUUUAAUUUAUUCAUCAA